AUGGCGAGAAACCUGUCGAUGCCUGAGGCACCUCCCUGCCGCACAUCUAGGGAGACUUUCUACCCUCUCCCUGAGCCCCAGGAUCUGUUCCAGGCUUCACAGAUGAAGUUUGAGGACUUUCAGAAGGAUCUGACCAGGCUGAAGAAGGACCUUCGAGCGUGCAACACAGAGGUGGAGAAGGUGUGUAAAGUGUCGUCUGAAGAUCACCUACAGCCCUUCAAGGACAAGAUGGAGGAAUUCCUCAGCCAAGCUAAAUCUGACCUGGAGGUCCAGGAGACGCAGCUCGGUGACACUCACAAGUUGUUCCUGGAGUUGACGGUGUUCUACCAGGUGAAGGCUAAGAUGGGAGAGAAGGAGGUUUCCCCCCACACCUUCUUCUCCGUGUGGCACGACUUCUCCUCCGACUUUAAAGACCUGUGGAAGAAGGAGAACAAGAUGAUCCUACAGGAAAGGUACCAACCAGUCCUGUGUUUUUAA